GUAUUCCCGGGAUUCCACACAGGAAGGUCACACCAUCCCUCACCAUCAUCAGGUAGAUGGGACAAAACAUGUAGACCUAAAGUUUAAUUCCAAGAAAUAAAAGGGCAGUUUUCUAUGUAAUCUCUUAUUCUUUUUUUUUUCUACAAAUAUAUUCUGUCAUCAUUUGGGUUUAGGGUGAAGAAUUGCAAUACAUAAAAGUUGAGGUUAAAGAGGAAGAAGAAGAGAUGUUGGUGAGUGGAGAUCAGCCGUAUAUGGAGCAGGGAGAGAGUGUUAUGGAAAGUAAACAGGAUCAAUCUUCUCAACAAUUGGACACAAAUGCCAAGGAACACUAUAUUUGGAACAGGAAUACCUCUGGGGGACAUUUGAUUUUAUCUCCAGGUUGUAAUGCAGAAGAUAAUGUCCUCACACAAUAUUCUCCAGAAGUAAAUCCUUUCACUAAUAACAUACAUCAGGGGCCUUACCAUUGGGUGAGAUCAAUGGACCCCUCAAAUCCUGAGGAAUCUUCUCAUACAUCACAUACUGUUACCCCAGAAAUACAAAUCAUGUCCCCUAGGAGACGCAGAGGAAGUCAGAAGACUCAACGUUCUUUCUCAUGUUUAGAGUGCGAGAAAUGUUUCGUUGACAAAAAAGGUCUUCUCAGACACCAGAGAAAUCACACAGGGGAGCGUCCUUUUUCAUGUUCAGAGUGCGGGAAAAGUUUCACUGAUAAAGUAUACCUUCAUCUGCACCAGAGAAGUCACACCGGUGAAAGACCUUUUUCCUGUUCAGAGUGUGGGAAAUGUUUUAGUCAAAAGGGAAUGCUUCUUGCGCACCAGAGAAUCCACACGGGUGUGCGCCCUUUCACAUGUUCUGAGUGCGGGAAAUCUUUCACUGCCAAGAAAGAGCUUCUUCAACACCAGAGAACUCACACAGGUGAGCGUCCUUUUUCGUGCCCAUUGUGCGGAAAAUGUUUCACUGCUCAAGGAAACCUUCUUAGGCACCAGAGAGGUCACACAGGUGUGCAACCUUUUUCAUGUCCGGAGUGCGGGAAAUGUUUUACUUCGAAAGGGGGCCUUCUUAGACAUCAGAGAAGCCACACGGGUGAACGUCCUUUCUCGUGUUUAGAGUGCGGGAAAACUUUCAUAGUGAAAGGAGACCUUAUUGUACACCAGAGAAGUCACACAGGUGUGCGUCCCUAUUCAUGCUUAGUGUGCGGGAAAGGUUUUGCUGCAAAAGGAAACCUUCUUAGGCACCACAGAUGUCACACAGGUGAGCGUCCUUAUUCAUGCUCCGUGUGCGGGAAAUGUUUCACAGAGAAAAGAAACCUUCUUUUACAUCAAAGAAGUCACACCGAUGUGCAUCCUUAUUUAUGCUCCAAGUGCGGGAAGUCUUUCACUACCAAAGAAAACCUUCUUGAACACGAGAGAAGUCACACAGAGGUGCAUUCUCAUUUAUGCUCGGAGUGCGGGAAGUCUUUCAAUACGACAGAAAACCUUCUUGAACACGAGAGAAGUCACAGAGAUGCGCAUCCUUAUUUAUGCUCGGAGUGCGGAAAGUCUUUCACUACGAAAGAAAACCUUCUUGAACACGAGAGAAGUCACACUGAUGUGCAUCCUUAUUUAUGCUCAGAGUGCGGGGAGUCUUUCCCUACGAAAGAAAACCUUCUUGAACAUGAGAAAAGUCACGCGAGAGUCAUUCAUGUUAUGAGUCCAGAAGGUCCAGUUUCAGAGAGUUCAGAAGGUCCAGUUUCAGAGAGUCCAGGAGGUCCCGUUUCAGAGAGUCCAGGAGGUCCAGUUUCAGUGAGUCCAGAAGAUCCAGUUUCAGAGAGUUCAGAAGGUCCAGUUUCAGAGAGUCCAGGAGGUCCAGUUUCAGAGAGUCCAGGAGUUCCAGUUUCAGAAAGUCCAGUUCAAGAAAGUCCAGAAGGUCCAGUUUCAGAAAUUAUAAAAGGACCAGUUUUAGGGAGUCCAGAAGGACCAGCUUCAGGAAGUCCAAAAGGACCAGUUUUAGAAAGUCCAGAAGGUCCAGUUCCAUACGUGUGCCAGGAAUAUGAAGUAGUGAAGAAAACACCUGGAGAACCUUCAACACCCAGCAGCCAUCUUCACGGAACGUCACCCAUCACAGUGCCUCCACCUCACUGUCAGAGAACAGAGAGAAAAGAGAAGAAGAUUCUAGAAGUCACCAACAAGAUCACUGAACUGUUGACAGGAGAGGAUUGUAAAUUAGUGAAGAAAGUAUCUAGUGAACCAUUAACACCCAGUAGUUGCCUUCAUGAAACAUCACCCACCACAGGGUCUCCACCUCACUGCCUGACAAGAGAGCUGUAUUCCCGGGAUUCCACACAGGAAGAUCAGGGUGAAGAUCUGAUGAACAUUAAAGUUGAGGAUGAAGCAGAAGAGACGUAUGUGAGGGAUGAUCAGCAAUGUAUGAAGGAGGCUGGAAUGACGUGGACAUUCAUAGAGGAGGACACUUCUACAGAGAAUAGCACAGAUGAACACUGUCCACAAAAUUGGAAUAUCUCUGAGGGACAUUAUAUGUUAUCUCCAGAUUAUAAUGCAGAAGAUAAAGUCAUCACACAACAUCCUCCAGAAGUAAAUCUCAUUACUCAUAAUAGACAUCACAGACCUCACCAAUCGAGAUCAAUGGACCUCUCUAAUCCUGAGGAACCUUCUGAUAAAUCCCAUACUAUGACAUCAGAUGUCCAUCUAUCCCACACUAUGACCUCAGAUGACCAUCUAAGAUCAAUGGAUCCUUCUAAUCCUGAGGAGCCUUCUGAUAAAUCCCAUACUAUGACAUCAGAUGACCAUCUAAGAUCAAUGGAUCCUUCUAAUCCUGAGGAACAUUCUGUGACUCCAGAGAUACAUCUACAAUCUCAGAGUACGGAUGGAUCUGCAGAUCUAUCCAGUCCCCAGGAAUCUUUUUUUAGGCAUGAAGCAGUUCACACAGGAGAGAGUUCAUUGUCAUGUUCAGAGUGCGGGAAAUGUUUUAGCAGCAAAAGAAAUCUUUUUAGACACGAGAGAAUUCACACGGACGAGCGCCCUUUUCCAUGUUCGGUGUGUAGGAAACGUUUCAUUACGAAAGAUCACUUUCUUAGACACCAGAAAAUUCACACAGGGGAACGUCCCCAUCAAUGUCGAGAGUGCGGGAAAGGUUUCGUCGAUAAAGCAGACCUUCUUAAGCACCAGAGAAGUCACACGGGUGAGCGUCCUUUUUCAUGUUCCGAGUGUGAAAAAUCAUUUUCUGCGAAAAACGAGCUCAUUAUACACCAAAGAAUACACACAGGUGUACGUCCUUUCGCAUGUACAGAGUGCGGGAAAUGUUUCACUGCGAAAAGAUACCUUUUUUAUCACCAGAGAAUUCACACCAGCGAGCGUCCUUAUUUAUGUUCAGAGUGCGGGAAAAGUUUUGUCAUGAAAGCACACUUUCUGAGACACCGGAGAAGUCACACGGGUGAGCGCCCCUAUCUAUGUCCCAAAUGCGGUAAAGGUUUCGCUGAUAAAGGAGGUCUUCUUAUACACCAAAGAACUCAUACGGGUGAGCGCCCCUAUUUAUGUCCGAAGUGUGGGAAAGGUUUCGCUGAUAAGGGAGGUCUUCUUAAACACCAAAGAACUCACACAGAUGAGCUUCCCUUUUCAUGUACAGAGUGUGGGAAAUCUCUUACCGUGAAAGAAGAGCUUAAUGCAGACCGGAGUAGUCACACGGCUGAGCGUCCUUAUUCAUGCUCAGCGUGUGGGAUAUGUUUCAUUGGCAAAUCGGGCCUUUUUAAGCACCAGAGAAGUCACACCGGUGAGCAUCCCUUUUCUUGUCCAGAGUGCGGGAAGUGCUUCACUGACAAAGGAAGCCUACUGAAACACCAGAACAGUCACACGGGAGAGCGUCCGUUUUCAUGUCCAGAGUGCGGGAAAUCUUUCAUUGAUAAAAAAAGCCUUAUUGGACACCAGAGAAGUCACACGGAGGAGCGUCCUUUUCCAUGCUCAGCGUGCGGGAAAUGUUUCACCAGGAAAGCAAAUCUUCUUAGACACGGGAGAACUCACACAGGCGAGCGUCCUUAUUCAUGCUCAGUGUGCGGGAAAUGUGUUACCUCAAAAGGAAGCCUACUAAAACACCAUAGACUUCACACGGGCGAGCGCCCUUUUCCAUGCUCCGUGUGCGGGAAAUGUUUCACGGACAAAGGAAACCUCGUUCAACACCAGAGAAGUCACAAGGACGAGCCCCCUUUUCCAUGCUCGGUAUGCGGGAAAUGUUUCACUGUGAAAGAUCACCUUCUUAGACACCAGAAAAGUCACACGGGUGUGUCCUGUAUAAAUCACAUGACCACAUCAAUAAGAAUGGAUGAGGGCCAAAGUCACAUGGCUGGGUGGAUAUUAAACCUCACCCUGAAGAUCAUCUACUUGUUGACUGGAGAGGAAUAUAAAGUAGUGAGAAAAGUAUCUGGUGACCCAUUAAAACCCAACAACUGCCUUCACAGGACAUCGCCCAUCACAGUGCCUCCCCCUCACUGCCUGACAACAGGGGAUGAAAAACUGAAGGAGAUCAAAGUUGAAGUUAAAGAGGAAGAAGAAGCAAGAGGAGAUCAACAGUCUAUGGAGGAGGGAGAGAUGAUUAUAAAAAGUAAACCCAAGGAAUAUUCUCUACAUAUAAACACAAAUGAACAUUGUGCACAAAACCGGAAUACCUCUGAGGGACAUUAUAUGUUAUCUCCAGAUUAUAAUGUAGAAGAUAAAGUCAUCACACAACAUCCUCCAGAAGUAAAUCUCAUUACUCAUAAUAGACAUCACAGACCUCACCAAUCGAGAUCAAUGGACCCCUCUAAUCCUGAGGAACUUUCUCAUAAAUCACCUUCUGUUACUCCAGAAAUACAUCUCAAAUCUCAAACUAAUUCCGAGGGAUGUUCUUUGAACCACGAAGGAGAUCACACAGGAAGACAUUCUUCCAAUAAAAAGAGAGGUCCUCUUAUGCACCGGAGAAGUCACAAGAGUGACAGUCCUCAUUCAUGUUCAGAGUGCGGGAAAAGUUUCACACAGAAAGGAAGCCUCCUUAUACACCAAAGAAUUCACACAGGUGUGCGUCCUUUUUCGUGCUCCGUGUGCGGGAAACGUUUCACUGCGCAAGGAAACCUUCUUCGACACCAGAGAAGUCACACGGCCAAAGAGGAAACCUCCUUCAACACCAGAGAAUUCACACGGGUGUGCGUCCUUUUUCGUGUUCGGAGUGCGGGAAAUCUUUCACUACAAAAGGAGAACUUCUUCAGCACCAGAGAAGUCAUAUGGGUGAGCGUCCCUAUUCGUGUUCAGAGUGCGGGAAAUGUUUCACUGCAAAACGAAACCUUCUUAGACACCAGAGAAGUCACACGGCGAGUCCAGAAGGUCCAGUUCCAGGAAGUCCAGAAGGUUCAGUUUCAAGGAGUCCAGAAGGUCCAGUUCCAAGGAGUCCAGAAGGUCCAGUUCCAGGAAGUCCAGAAGGUUCAGUUUCAAGGAGUCCAAAAGGUUCCAUUUCAAGGAGUCCAGACGGUUCAGUUUCAGAGAGUCCAGAAGGUCCAGUUCCAAGGAGACCAGAAGGUUCAGUUUCAAGGAGACCAAAAGGUUCCGUUUCAAGGACUCCAGAAGGUUCAGUUUCGAAAGGUUCAGUUUCAGGGAGUUCGGAAGGCUCAGUUUCAGGGAGUUCGGAAGGCUCAAUUUCAGGGAGUUCGGAAGGUUAAAUUUCAGGGAGUUCGGAAUGUGCAGUUCAGAGAGUCCAGAAGGUUCAGUUUCAGGGAGUCUAGAAGGUCCAGUACAGAGAGUCCAGAAGGUUCAGUUUCAAGGAGUCCAGAAGGUUUAGUUUCAGAGAGUCCAGAAGGUUCAGUUUCAGGGAGUUCGGAAUGUCCAGUUCAGAGAGUCCAGAAGGUCCAGUUUCAGGGAGUCCAGAAGGUUCAGUUUCAUAUAGAGAGUCCAGAAGGUCCAGAUCCAGGGAGUCCAGUUCCAGAGAGUCCCGAAGGUCCAGUUCCAGAGAGCACAGAAGGUCUAGUUCCAGAGUGUCCCGAAGGUCCAGUUCCAGAGAGUCCCGAAGGUCCAGUUCCAGAGAGUCCUGAAGGUCCAGUUCCAGAGAGUCCCGAAGGUCCAGUUCCAGAGAGUCCCGAAGGUCCAGUUCCAGAGAGUCCUGAAGGUCUAGUUCCAGAGAGCCCAGAAGGUCUAGUUCCAGAGAGCCCAGAAGGUUCAGUUUCAGAGAGUUCAGAAAGGUCCAGUUUCAGAGAGUCCAUGUCCAAAGAGUCCAGUUACAAAUUAUUUGGAUUUUACCUUGGCUGUUUUAUAGACAAGAGGAUUGAAGAAUGCAAUGAACACUGUGCACAAAACCGGAAUACCUCUGAGGGACAUUAUAUGUUAUCUCCAGAUUAUAAUGCAGAAGAUAAAGUCAUCACACAACAUCCUCCAGAAGUAAAUCUUAUUACUCAUAAUAGACAUCACAGACCUCACCAAUCGAGAUCAAUGGACCUCUCUAAUCCUGAGGAACCUUCUCAUAAAUCACCUUCUAUUACUCCAGAAAUACAUCUAGAAUCUCAGACUAAUUCCAAGGAAUGUUCUUCAAGCUAUGACGGAGUUCACACAGGAAUGCAUUCAUCCAAUGAAAAGAGAGAUCCUCUUAUGCACCAGAGAAGUCAAAAGACUGACCGUCCUCAUUCAUGUUCAGAGUGCGGGAAAGGUUUCACACAGAAAGGAAGCCUCCUUAUACACCAGAUAGUUCACACAGGUGUGAGUCCUUUUUCAUGCUCAGUGUGUGGGAAAUGUUUCACUGUUCAAGGAAAUCUCCUAAGACACCAGAGAAGUCACACAGAGUGCGGGAAAUGUUUUAGUCAAAGGGGAAACCUCCUUCAACACCAGAGAAUUCACACGGGUUUGCGUCCUUUCUCAUGUUCAGAGUGUGGGAAAUCUUUCACUACAAAAGGAGAACUUCUUCGGCAUCACAGAAGUCACACGGGCGAGCGUCCUUAUUCAUGUUCAGAGUGCGGGAAAUGUUUCACUGCAAACCGAAACCUUCUUAGACACCAGAAAAGUCACAAAGGGGAGUGUCCUUAUUCCUGUCCAGAAUGCGGGAAAUGUUUCACCCGGAAAAGUGCGGGAAAUCUUUCAUUGCCAAAGGAGAGCUUCUUCAACACCACUCGGGUGAACAUCCUGAUUCAUGCUCUGUCUGAGUGUGGGAAAUGUUUCACUGACAAAGGAAACCCUGUUCAACACCAGAGAAGUCCCAGGGUUCAUAGACAGUCAUCCUAUUGGUGUAGUGUUAGUGAGAUGGAGAGUCCAGAGGAUCCAGCUCCAGGGGUCCAGAAGGUCCAGUUUCAGGGAGUCCAGAAGGUCCAGUUUCAGGGAGUCCAGAAGGUCCAGUUCCAGGGAGUCCAGAAGGUCCAGUUCCAUGGAGUCCAGAAGGUCCAGUUCCAUGGAGUCCAGAAGGUCCAGUUCCAUGGAGUCCAGAAGGUCCAGUUCCAUGGAGUCCAGAAGGAUUAUAAAGUAGUGAAGAAAACAUCUGGUGAACCAUUAACACCCAACAGUUUUCUUCAUGAAACGCCACCCAUCACAGUGCCUCCACCUCACUGCCUGACAACGGAGGAAACCAGUGCCAAGAAGAUUCUAAAAGUGACCAACAAGAUCAUUGAUCUGCUGACAGGAGAGACACAGGAAGGUCACACCAUCCCUCACCAUCAUCAGGAUGAAGAUUUAAAAGCCAUCAAAGUUGAGAUUAAAGAGGAAGAAGAGGAGACAUUGGUGAGUGGAGAUCAGCAGUCUAUGGAGGAGGAGGAGAUGAUUAUGAACAGCAAACAGGAGGAACCUUCUCUACAUAUAGAUACAAAUGGCCACUAUACUUAUAACAGGAAUAUCUCUGAAGGACAUUUUAUUUCAUCUCCAAAUUAUAAUGCAGAAGAUAAUGACAUCACUCAAUUUUCUCCAGAAGUAAAUCUCAUUACUCAUAAUAGAUAUCGGGGACCUCACCAAUCGGGGAGAUCAAUGGACCUCUCUAAUCCUGAGGAACCUUCUGAUAAAUCCCAUACUAUGACUUCAGAUGUCCAUCUAAGAUCAACGGGUCCUUCUAAUCCCAAGAAACCUUCCGAACAAUCACAUUCUGUUACUCCAGAAGUACAACUAAAUUCUCAGCGUAUGGUUAGAUCAACAGAUCCGUCUAAUCCCCAGGAAUCUUCUUUAAGUCAUGAAGGACUUCACACAGGAGAGAGCUCAUUGUCCUGUUUAGUGUGCGGGAAAUGUUUUAAUAAAAACAAAGACCUUCUUACUCACCAGAGAAGUCACACGGGUGAGCGUCCUUUCUCGUGCUCAGAGUGCGGGAAAUGUUUUACUGAGAAAAUAUACCUUCUCCGACACGAAAAACGUCACAUGGGUGAACGCCCUUUCUCAUGUUCAGAGUGCGGAAAAUGUUUCACUGAGAAACAAUCGCUUCACAGGCACGAGAGGAAUCACACCGGCGAGCGCCCCUAUUCAUGUUCUGAGUGUGUGAAAUGCUUCACCGAUAAGGUAAAACUUCUUCUCCACCAGAGAAUUCACACGGGUGAGCGUCCCUAUUCAUGUUCAGAGUGCGGGAAGUGUUUUAGUCAAAGAGGAAACCUUAUUAAACACCAGAGAAUUCACACAGGUGAACGUCCUUUUUCAUGUUCAGAGUGCGGUAAUUCAUUCACUGCGAAAGGAGACCUUCUCAACCACCAGAGAAGCCACACGGGCGAGCGUCCUUUUUCAUGUUCAGUGUGCGGGAAGUGUUUCAUUCUGAAAAAGACACUUCUCACACACCAGAGAAUUCACACGGGUGAGCGACCUUAUUCAUGUUCAGAGUGCGGCAAUUCUUUCACAACAAAAGGAGACCUUCUUAAUCACCAGAAAAGCCACACGGGCGAGCGCCCUUUUUCAUGUUCAUUGUGCGGGAAAUGUUUCAUUCUGAAGAAGACACUUCUUACACACCAGAAGAGUCACACAGGUGAGAGAUGUCAUUCAUGUUCGGAGUGCGGGAAAAGUUUCAUUCACAAAGUAAGCCUUGUUAAGCACCAGAGAAUUCACACUGGCGAACGUCCUUAUUCGUGUUCAGAGUGUGCAAAGCGUUUUUUCGAGAAAAGACAACUUAUUAAACACCAGAGACUUCACAAUUAGGAGGAUGGGUUUGCAUGAUCGGAGUGUGGGAAAUGUUUUAAUUAUAAAUGGAAUCUUAAUUUGACAUCAAUUGCUGGUGAUUUCCAGCUGUCAAAAUGACAGCCGGAAUUUGCUAUGUAAAGAAAAGGGACCAUUUGUUUAUAUGCAAGUUAGUCCACUGUGUUCCAAUCAUCUGCAAACCAAAAGGAUGAGCUUUGAUCUGCAUAUGAUGUCAAAGUUACCAGACAAAAUUGUUUGUUUUCUUUGUUAUUUAAUAAAAUUUGUUCUUAUUGAA